GCCAAGUCGGUGGUCUAUAAUUAUUUGUACUUCGUGUGGCUGUACAGCUAUUUGAUAACAAAAUAAAAUUUUGAUAUAAAGGAAUUCAGUCUGAAAACGUCGGUUGAUCAAAGACUAAUUGAAAACAAAUUCGUUCGCGUGAACUGGGGUUGAAGUUAAUUGUAAAAUAAUAAUUCAGUCCAUUUACCGUUCGAUAAAUACGUUAAACGUUGGGAACGAUGGUGCAAUUUUCGGAGCUCGACAAGGAAACCGUUCGAAUUUUAAAGAAUGCUUUCCUGGCCUUUGAAAACGAGAAAUCCGGCACAAUAUUGGCUGAGGAUAUCGGGACAAUUGUCGAAAUGCUCGGUCAUCGGUUGGACGAAAGGGCGUUAAAGUUAGCUAUAAAAGAGGCCGAUCCGGUAGGUAGUGGAAAAGUUGAAUUCGAACCAUUCGCUUGUUUCGCUUCCAAAUAUGUUGAGGUCGAAGAGGAUGCUGACGCCGUUGCUAAGGAACUGAGAGAAGCGUUUCUACUAUACGAUAGAGAUUCGAAAGGAUAUAUAACCGUUGAAGUGUUACGACAAAUUCUUCAUGAAAUCGACGAUAAAAUACCACCAGGAGAUUUAGACUUGAUGAUUGAAGAAAUCGAUGCUGAUGGCUCUGGAACUGUUGAUUUUGAGGAAUUUAUGGAAGUGAUGACAGGACCAAUCUGAGAAAUGGUUUUAAUUGAUCACACAAAAAUGUAUCUCAAUCUAAGAGUUUGUUAAAAGGAACCAGUAGUUAGCAGAAGAGAUUUUUAAGGCGACACUAAAAACUAAUAUUUUUUAUUGUACUGUCAUUGUUGAUUACACGCUUGUAAAAAAUAAAUUUCAAUACAGCAG